AUGACAGGGAUUGGUGCUUCAUGUGGUGCGUGCAAGUUCUUGAGGAGAAGGUGCACGAGUGACUGUGUUUUUGCCCCUCACUUCUGUUAUGACCAGGCUGCAUCCCAUUUUGCGGCAGUCCACAAGGUGUUUGGUGCCAGCAAUGUCUCUAAGCUAUUGCUACACCUUCCCUUGCAUAACCGAGGCGAAGCUGCUAUCACAAUCUCUUAUGAAGCACUCGCUCGGAUGCGGGAUCCUGUCUACGGUUGUGUCGCUCAUAUCUUUGCACUCCAACAACAGGUUGCCAACCUACAAGAGGAGAUAGAAAUUCUAGGGAACCACAUGGCUACUUUUGCUCCUGAUACUGUUACUGGUGAACAUUAUGGAGCAACUAAUAACCUUAACACUGGCCUGCAAUUUUCUUCACAAACCGACACUCUGAAUAUGCAAGAUUAUCUCAACCAACAGGCUCUGCUACUAUCCCAUGCAGGGAAUGCAACUGCAAAUCAGGCCUUUGACAGCCUAAUGAAUGAACAGCCACCUCCUUUGUAUGGAUGGGAAAACCAGAACUUUUUCUGCGACUCCGACGCAACCCCAUUAGAGAGACUCUUUGAAGGAAUUGACCAAGAGUUCUCUGCCUAUUACCCAUGGUCGGACAACACUACCUAUCCCAAAAACUGAUGUUUUCCAAGCUGGGAUUGAGAAUAGCUUCCUUAGAAGGCAAGCACUUGUGUAAUAUGACAUCUCCUUUCGGCUCCAUGAUGGAGAAGUUUUGUACUAGCCUUAUUCUAGUUUCUGCUUCUAAAUAAACAUCCUCGUCUUCUGAAAA